AUGAUCCGCAAGGCGAUACUAUUAGUCUUGGUAGAGGUCUUGGUAGGGGUUCGAAACGAACCGCAGGGUCCAGCCUACCUUCCGCCUAGCUCUCGACCAGCAGGAGGUGGUCAUCCGGAUGAAUGGGCCGGUGAUCCGGCAAAUUAUGAAUUCUCGUACGAGGUCCAAGACACGGCGGCGGGUCUGGACUUUGGUCAUCGUGAGAUGAGAAAAGAUAUGGAAGCCACCGGGACCUAUCACGUGUUGCUGCCCGAUGGUAGAACCCAAAUCGUCGAUUACGUAGCUGACGAAGCCGGAUAUCGGCCUAUGGUACGAUACGAGGGAACCGCAACUUAUCCAGGAGGACCUUCGCAAGAUGAGGGUUACAGAUAUUGA